AUGUUUCAUAAACGAGGAAUUCCAAGUAAACGUAAGUCAUUAGCUUAUAUUGAUUACGUCCCUGCCCUUUGUACACACCGCCCGUCGCUGCCCGGAACUGAGCAAUAUCGAGAGGCAGGAAGAGAUAUAAAUAAUUUUAUAUUUUUUAUGUUAAAUCCUUCCAAUCGCUGUUGUUUGAACCGGGCAAAAGUCGUAACAAGGUUUUCAUUAAGAUUGGGUUUUAAUUUGGAUUCAAGAUCCAAUUAA